AUGGAGGACACACAAAACCAGGGUUGCCACCGUCAUUGCAGCGAGCACCCAGAAGGAACAGCAUGGUUCGAAUUCCACAUAGAGCUUCCCUCCGAAUCAGAGCCAUUCCAGUUGGAGCAAGCAGUCUGCAGUCACGGCUUUUUCAUGAUGGCACCCAACCGCUGGGACCCUCUCUCCAAAACCCUAACUCGUCCACUCCUUCUCCACAACCCUUCUUCUUCUUCCUCUUCCCUCCUCGUUUCCAUGUCCCAGCGCUCUCAAUCGCUCGCCGUUAGGGUUCAUGCCGUCCAUUCCAUCUCUCCCCAACAACAGCGUCACAUCACGGCUCGGAUUUCCAGAAUGCUGCGGCUGUCCCAAGCGGAGGAAAAGGCCGUGAGGGAGUUCAGACGCGUGCACGCUGAUCAUCCAAAUAGAAGCUUCGGUGGACGGGUGUUUAGGUCUCCCACGUUGUUCGAGGACAUGGUUAAGUGCAUACUCCUCUGCAACUGCCAGUGGCCAAGGACAUUGAAUAUGGCUCAGGCGCUCUGUGAGCUUCAAUUGGAACUGCAAAAUGGGUUGCACUGUAAUGUUGUAGGGCCGAGCAACCCAAAAGUUGAAGCUGAAGGAUUCGUUCCCAAGACACCAGCUUCUAAAGAAAACCGGAGAAAGAAGGCUCCAACAAAGAGCGCGCUACUUAAGAAGAAAUUAGAGUUGGAAUUGGAAUUGGAAUUGGAAGUGGAUCGAAAUCUGCAAAUGGACAAAAGUUCAGACACAACCUCGCUUCCACCAGAUAAUGGCGAUUCGGAGGUGCUUGGUUCAGAUGAUUCAUGUUAUCAGUUCCCCAAUGAAGGACAGUACUUUGACCGUACUGGAAAUUUUCCUUCCCCAAUUGAGCUGGCAAACCUUAGUGAGAGUUUUCUGGCAAAGCGAUGCAGACUUGGGUAUAGAGCACGUUAUAUAUUAGAACUUGCGAAGGCCAUUGUUGAAGGAAAAAUUCAAUUAGAACAGCUUGAAGAGCUGUCGAAAGAUGCAAGCUUGUCCUGCUAUAAGCAGCUUGGUGAUCAGCUCAAGCAAAUUAAGGGGUUUGGCCCAUUUACUCGCGCCAAUGUACUUAUGUGUUUGGGAUAUAAUCAUGCCAUUCCAUGGGAUUCUGAAACUGUUAGACACUUAAAGCAGGUUCAUUCAAAAAAUACAACCUCUAAGACAAUUGAGAGUGAUCUUGAAGAGAUUUACGGAAAGUAUGAGCCCUAUCAGUUCCUAGCAUUCUGGUCUGAGAUAUGGGACUUCUAUGAAACAAGGUUUGGCAAGAUGAAUGAAAUGCAUUGUUCUGUUUAUAAACGUAUAACUGCCAGUAACAUGAGAAGCACUGUGAAAGGAACAAACAAGAGGAAAAGACCAUCACGGAUAUUCCAAUGCUGAAGUCCUACUCCAAAAAUUCACUCUUUUAUCUCUGCUUUUUGAUGAACACUUUUCGUUUUGUCAUUGAGCUAGUUAGCAUAUCUACUUCAACAAAGCUCAACAAUGUUUUUGGGAUCUGAUGCAGAAUUAAUUUAUUGUUUCAAGUUUGUAUA